AUGUUACCAGAUACAAGUGAAAAUGAGCCGAAGUUGUACCGUGAAGCUAAAGGAAUUUCAGAAUGGGAAAAUGCAAUGAUGGAAGAAAUUUCAGCACUUGAAAAAAAUGACACCUGUGAGCUUGUACCAAAGCCUCAUGAUGCCGAUUUAAUUACUUGUAAGUGGACUUACAAGGUAAAGAAAAAAGCGGAUGGUAGAAUUGAUAGACACAAAACUCGUCUUGUUGUUCGUGGGUUCUCUCAGCAAUAUGGUCGAGACUAUGAUGAGACUUUUAGUCCGAUCGUAAGAAUGGUAACAUUACGAACAAUCAUCUCUUUAGCUGCUAGUAAAAGCUGGAAAUUAUGGCAGCUUGAUGUGAAAAAUGCUUUCGUUUACAGAGAGUUGGAUGGUGAUAUUUUUAUGAAGUAG